AUGGAGGAAAGCCUGCUCCUGCUGAAAAACCAAGACCAGAUGGUUGUAAAGUCAAGGGAUCACAACCCAAGCGGCCACGGAACAAUGCCGGUGAAUAGGCCAAUUGGCGAGUAUCUGAAGUACGGGGUGGUCACGGUCGACAAGCCUGCAAAUCCAUCCUCGCAUGAGGUUGUGACGUGGGUAAAGGGCAUCCUCGACUGCGAGAAGACAGGCCACAGCGGGACGCUGGAUCCGAAGGUGACUGGCGUGUUGAGCAUCUGCUUGAACAGAGCAACGAGGCUGACCAAAAGCCAGCAGAACGCAGGAAAGACAUACGUUUGCUGCAUUGAAUUUGACACGGAGACCACGGCCGAGAAGUUCAGCAAUGCAUGCAGGAAGCUGACUGGGCAUCUGUUUCAGAGGCCGCCUGUGAUGUGUGCAGUCAAGCGGGAUCUAAGGCUGAGAUGGAUCUAUGCGAUUAAUAUUAUCGAGUUUACGCCCAAGAUGGCGCUUUUCGAGGUCAGGUGCGAGGCGGGGUCCUACAUCAGAACACUGUGCACACACAUUGGGCUGUACAUCGGAUGCGGCGCAGCAAUGGCUGAUCUCAGACGGACACAGAGUGGGCUGACAACAGAGGACGAGUGUGUGACGCUCCACGAUGUCCAGGAUGCCUACUACAUGUACAAAAAGACCGGAGAGGAGAGGUAUCUCAGAAAGGUGGUGAGGCCUCUUGAAACACUGCUGGUGUCGUACCCGAGAAUAAUGAUCAGAGACUCGGCCGUGAAUGCCAUAUGCUACGGGGGACAGCUGUCGGUGCCUGGGGUCUUGAGGUACGACAGGGACUUUGACACAAACUCGACUGUUGUGCUGAUGACAGCCAAGGGCGAAGCAGUGGCAAUAGCCCAGCCGCUGGUUGCAUCGAGCCAGCUGGCCGAGAUGGAGAGAGGCAUCAUCACGAAGACCAAAAGGGUGAUAAUGGAGAAGGAUCUCUACCCGAGGGUGUGGGGCAUUCUGGACGAGUACGAGGUCCUGUCUGACUAG